GACUUUGCAAACAAAGCUGAUAAGAGCAUCAACCAUGUCGACGUCGGUGGAUGCCCCUCAACAAUUCAAGCAGCCUUCCCGGAAGGGUAAGAAGGCCUGGCGCAAGAAUGUCGAUGUCACAGAAGUGCAGGAGGGUCUGCGUCAGCUGAAAGAUGCUGAGAUUCAAGGUGGUCUGAUCUCGGAGAAGCCCUCCGAGGAGCUGUUCAUUCUCGACACCACCGGAGAUCAGCAGGUUCGCCAAUCGAUUGCGAAGAAACACAAGACGCUCAAGGCCGACGAGAUUAUCGCUCAGCGGUCUGCCAUUCCCGCACUAGACGGACGCAAGCGCAUGAAUUCAAAUAUUACCGACGGCGUUAUUGAACCAAAGACGAAGAAGCAUAAGAAUGACUGGGUCAGCCGCAAGGAUUACCUGCGCUUGAAGCAGGUGGCCAAGGAAGCGAACCCGAUCAGCAAGAAGGGUAACAACGAGCUUCACGACCCGUGGGCGGAUGAUGCCGAGGAGCCUACUGUCUACGAGGAUCCGCGAUUCGAUUUCUUGGUGAAGCCGAAGGCGAAGGUCGCCCCGGAGACCCUGAAGCAUGCCCCAAUCUCACUCGCUGCCAACGGAAAGCCGAUUCCCGCCGUGCGCAUGCCCCAUGCAGGCACCAGUUACAACCCGGUGUUCGAAGACUGGGACAAGCUCCUGCAGGAGCAUGGUGAGCAGGCCGUUGAGGCUGAGAAGAAGCGCCUUGAAGAAGAGUUGAAGGAGCAGGAGAGGCAACGAUUGAUCGCCGAGGCCCAGAACAACGACGGCGAAGUCAAGUCCGACGAUGAGAGUGCCUGGGAAGGCUUCGAAAGCGAAUACGAGAAGCCCGAGUGGCUGAACAAGAAGCGACCCGAGCGAAAGACCAAGACCCAGCGCAACAAGAUCAAGAGGCGCAAGGAGGCCGAGAGGCUCGCGAAGUGGGAGGAGCAAAAGGCAAAGAAGGACGCUCAAGCUGAGCGCAUCGUCGAGCUCACCGAGCUCGCCAAGCAGAAGGAGCUGGAACGUGCCAACGAGUCUGAUGCUGAUGAUUCCGAGGAGGGAGACGAGACCACCCUGCGACGGAAGCCGUUUGGCGGCAAGCUUCCUCCCCCAGAGAAGCCAUUGGAGUUGGUUCUUCCCGAUGAGCUGCAGGACUCUCUUCGUUUGCUGAAGCCCGAGGGUAACCUCUUGGACGACAGAUUCCGCACACUCAUCGUCCAAGGCAAGCUCGAGUCCCGCAAGCCGAUCACACAAGCUCGCAAGGCGAAGAAGAAGAUAACGGAGAAGUGGAUGUCCAAGGACUUCAAGGUUCCUGGGUUCUAAGUAAUUUUUUUCUAAAAAUUUUGGCUUUCUUAAAACGGCGUGCAUUGGCGAUUGGUUGAAUAUACAUUGUGGUCAAAACAUCGAGGCUUUUUCACAUAGUUGUUUCUUCUGGGAUCUUAAAUAGCGGCAGUAUGAAUCUAUACAGUUCAAU